AUGUUGUCCAACUCACUCGUCGCUUUGUCCCUCCUCUCUUCGGCCGUCUCGGCUGAGACCGUGCUGGGAGUAUACAUGUUCCACAGACACGGAGACCGCACACCCAAAGCUCUUGCUCCGGCCAACCUGACCGACCUAGGAUAUUCGCAGGUCUACACCUCUGGCGAUUACUAUCGCAACCGCUACGUUGAUUCGGAAGCGUCCAGCAGAAUUCUGGGCAUCAACUCCGAUAUCGUCAAGCAAGCGCAGAUUGCUGCUUCCAGCCCUGCUGACACUGUUCUCCAAAAUUCGGCUACCGGCUUCUUGCAGGGUCUCUAUCCUCCUGUUGGCAGUGCAUUGGGUACUCAGACCCUUAGAAAUGGAUCCAAUGUGACAAGCCCCCUCAAUGGCUACCAACUCAUCCCUCUGGCUUUGACCACCAGCGGUUCUGGCAGCGAGGACAAUGGCUGGCUUCAAUCUGCUUCUGGCUGUGCCAAUGCUAUCAGCAGCUCCAACGAGUACUUCUCCAGCCCCGAAUACACCGACCUUCUCGCCAGCACUCAGGACUUCUACAACAGCCUGACUCCUGUGAUCAAUGCUACUUUCAGCACUAGCCAGAUCAGCUUCAAGAAUGCAUACACCAUCUACGAUCUGAUCCACGUUGCUGAGAUCCACAAUGCCACCAUCAAUGAUUCUGACGUCCUUACCGCUGAUGUCCUUGGCCGACUCUUGGAUCUGGCCAACGCUCACGAGUGGGGUCUUGCUUACAACUCAUCCAACGACAUGCGCGCCAUCGCCGGAAAAGUUCUCGCUGCCGAGAUUGUCCAAGGCCUCAACACCACCAUUUCCACCCAAGGCAAGAGCAAGUUCAACGUCCAGUUCGGCGCCUACGCAACUUUCUCCUCCUUCUUCGGUCUCGCCGGCUUGCCCAACGUCAACAGCGACUUCUACGGCAUGGUCGAUUACGCUUCAUCCAUGACCUUUGAGCUUGUCACCAAUGCCUCUACUUCGCCUUUCCCUGCCGCCAGCGAUAUUUCCGUUCGCUUCCUGUUCCACAACGGCACUGCCAGUGCUGAUAGCGAACCUAUCGCUUACCCUCUCUUCGGCUCCGGCGAGGAAGUUAUCCCUUGGAAUGACUUUGUUGCCAACAUGGACAAAUUCAGCAUUGGCAGCACUCAGGCUUGGUGCACUGCCUGCGGUAACAGCACUGGCACUUGCGCUGCUUACGCCCCUUCUUCUUCCUCUGGCAGCAACAACGCCGGUACUCAGAGCAAGAAGACCAGUGGUAAUGGCUUGUCUCCUGUCGUCAAUGGCGUUAUUGGCGCCAUGGUUACCUUGGCCAUUGUGCUUGGUCUCGAGGCUUUGGUGCUGUUGGUUGGCGGUAUGAGAGUUGUGAGCAAGAAGACUCUUGCUGCUCGCUCUGUCGUCACCGAGACCGUUACUGGUGGCAAGGCUGCUUAA